AUAAGCUGUGAGGGUCAAACACAGCUACCCAUCGGAUGAUCCACUUUAAACCUUCCUGAGUCCCAAGCAAUAGAAGACAGGUGGCCCUACCUUUGGUUAAGGGUAGGUGUGGCACUGGUGUCUGCUGCUGCUGUGGCCUCAUUGGCCUCCACACAAUCAAACUCAACAGACAGAGCAACUGCCAUCCGAGGCUCCUGACCCAGAACCACCCACCAGGAGUAUGGGGCUCCCUGAUGUCCAGCUCUGGCUGGUGCUGCUGUGGGCACUGGUGUGGGCACAGGGAACAGGAUCUGUAUGUCCCUCCUGUGGGGAUCCCACACUGGCACCCCAAGAAGAACGAGCUGUGGUCCUGGAGCUAGCCAAGCAGCAAAUCCUGGAAGGGUUGCACCUUACCAGUCGUCCCAGAUCAACUCAUCCUCCACCCCAGGCAGCACUGACCAGAGCCCUCCGGAGACUACAACUGGGGAAUGCAGCUUCAGGGAAUGGGGAGGAGGUCAUCAGCUUUGCUACCAUCACAGACUCCUCCACUUCAACCUGCAGCUCUAUGCUCACUUUCCACUUGUCCAUUCCUCAGUCCCACCACCUGUACCACGCCCGCCUUUGGCUGCACGUGCUCCCCACCCUUCCUUACACUCUCUACUUGAGGAUCUUCCAAUGGGGCCCAAAGAGAAGGCACCGAGGGUCCCGUGCCCUCCUGGCUGAGCACCUAGUGACUACCCGGGGCUGGCAUGCCUUGACUCUGCCCUCUAGUGGCCUGAGGGGUGAUGAGUCUGGUGUCCUGAAACUCCAAUUGGACUGCAGACUUCUAGAAGUCAAUAGCACAGUUGCUGGACAACCAAGGCGGCUCCUGGACACAGCAGGACACCAGCAGCCCUUCCUGGAGCUUAAGAUCCGGGCCAAAGAACCUGGAGCAGGCCGGGCCAGAAGGAGGACCCCCACUUGUGAGCCUGAGACCCCCUUAUGUUGUAGGCGAGACCAUUAUGUAGACUUCCAGGAACUGGGAUGGCGGGACUGGAUCCUGCAGCCCGAGGGGUACCAGCUGAACUACUGCAGUGGACAGUGCCCCCCCCACCUGGCCGGCAGCCCAGGCAUUGCUGCCUCCUUCCAUUCUGCUGUCUUCAGCCUCCUCAAAGCCAACAAUCCUUGGCCCGUGGGUACUUCUUGCUGUGUCCCCACUGCCCGAAGAUCUCUCUCUCUUCUCUACCUCGACCAUAAUGGCAAUGUGGUCAAGACAGAUGUGCCAGACAUGGUGGUGGAGGCCUGUGGCUGCAGCUAGCAAGUGGACCUAGGGGUUUGAAGUGAAGAGGUCAAGUUGGGGGUUCCCAGGCAAAGGGUAUCUGGGGCUGGAGGCAUCAGAUUCUUGAUCCACACCCCCACCCAACAGGCCACUUGGCAAUAUGACUGGGUUGACAAGUAGGGGACCCAAAUGGGCUCCUUCUUGUUCCAGACUCUGGCCUAUUCCAGACUGGUUGAUGUAUGGGGAGAUGGGUAAAGUGUUUCCUCUAAAGGGGUCUACCCAGAAAGCAUGAUUUCCUACUCUAAGCCCUGUGAGAGGAUGGCAAAGGCUAAUGAGGGAGGGAGGGAAGAAGGCAGAGAAAAAUUACUUAGUCUCUUCCAAGAAGAG